AUGAGCACCAUUGAGAUCCACGAGGAAGCGGCUUGUCAAUGUGUUCUGCUCAACUUUGCUCUGGCAACGUGGCUCUGGGCUGGCGUGCUGCUGUCUGCCUAUAGAGCGCUGGAGCAGAGGUUGUGUGUGAGAGCCUGUUUGCCUUUGCCGCAUCUCAACGACAUCAAAGUGCUGUGCAAACUCAGCCCCUGGCACCGCUUUGGAUUCCCGUCUCCCUCCUCCACGGUUUAA